AUUGCUGAGAGCAAACGAGGAAGUCAUCAUUGAAAUUCCCACAAAAGCCUGUGAGGGUCAAGAAAACGCCAUUGCGUCUCUGGAGCACGUGCAGCUUGAGGCAACCAUUGAGUAUUCCCGCAGAGGUGAUCUUCACGUCACCCUGGUGUCGCCAUCAGGGACCAGCACGGUCUUACUGGCUGAGAGAGAGAGAGACAAAUCCCCCAAUGGCUUCAAGAACUGGGACUUCAUGUCUGUUCACACCUGGGGAGAGAAUCCAGCAGGCACCUGGGUUUUGCGGAUUACUGAUGUGUCCAGAAGAAUACAGAAUGAAGGGAGGAUUGUAAACUGGAAGCUGAUUUUGCAUGGCACUGCUACCCAGCCUGACCACAUGAAGCAGCCACGUGUGUACACAUCCUACAACGCAGUGCAAAAUGACAGAAGAGGAGUGGAGAAGAUGACGGACUUUGUCGAGGACCAUACCACACAGGAAAACCUGAGUGAAAAGCCCAGAGUCACGGAAGAUCCCAGCAGCGGCAGUGACAAAGCAGAAGGUAAAAUCCCAUCAGAGGCCAUGCUGCAUUUGCUGCGUAGUGCUUUCAGCAGGCAGAUGGCUCAGAAGCGGCUGCCAAAGAAGACUGCGAGUGAGAAGUUAAAUAUUCCCUAUGAACACUUCUAUCAAGCCCUCGAAAAAUUAAACAAGCCCUCCCAGCUCAGAGACUCAGAAGAAAGCCUGUACAGUGACUACGUUGAUCUUUUUUACAACGCCAAACCAUACAAGCAUAGAGAUGACAGACUGCUGCAAGCCUUGGUUGAGAUUAUAAACGAAGGAAACUAAACUGUAGGGUAUGGCACUGAGUUGGAAAUGUUCACUCUCCCCCCACCCAACCUGUAGUUUUUUUUCAGAAGUCUGUUGUAUGCUCUA